AACUUUCGAGGCUCCUUUUAGCCGGCCUCCGACUUUUCUGAGGUUUUCCGAGAACCUCGGUCGGAUGCAGUCCUGGAACAGGCACAGAUUAGCUGCAGUGUGCAACUGUUCCGCAGUGGGUGAAGAGGCAGGGACUCCAUCCGACUCUCUUGCGUGACAACCGCAAACGUGUCUGUUUCGGGAUUUUUGUUUUGUUUGGGUUUUUGCGGAGUUUGGCGUAAACUUUGCACAAGGCGUUCUUGCAUCUUAGACCUAACAUCGCAGUGUGGAAGUGUCGCUGCGAUUGUAGCGGUGCAGAGUCGAGUCACGUGGUAGGUCUCCUGGGAGCUUUGAGUCAAUGCAGCAAAAGUCUGCACGCCUCAUCAUCAUCAUCAGGUGAAGCCGCCAAGAGAUGUAAUGGCAGCCCCAUCGCCAGCAAAGAGUAUUGGUGACCCAGGUAUCACGCCCCUCUCCCCAACACACACGCAGAAGGACACGGAGCCAAAUGAGCCAGCCACUCACUCCUUCAUGGUGGUGGUGGCCAUCGACUUUGGCACCACUUCCAGUGGCUAUGCCUACGCGUUCGUCAAGGAGCCAGAGUGUAUCCACACCAUGAGACGCUGGGAGGGCGGAGAUCCAGGAGUGUCCAAUCAGAAGACACCGACUACCAUUUUGCUCUCACCGGACAAGAAGUUCCAUAGUUUUGGUUAUGCAGCAAGAGAUUUUUACCAUGAUCUGGACCCCACUGAGUCUAAGCAAUGGCUCUACCUAGAGAAGUUUAAAAUGAAACUUCAUACAACUGCGAAUCUGUCCAUUGACACUGACCUCCAUGCAACCAAUGGGAAGAAAGUGAAGGCAUUGGACAUAUUUGCUUAUGCUUUGGCGUUCUUCAAGGAACAGGCUCUUAAAGAGCUGAGUGACCAGGCUGGGGCGGAGUUUGAUAAUGCUGAUGUUAGAUGGGUUAUCACUGUUCCUGCCAUCUGGAAAAUGCCAGCAAAGCAGUUCAUGAGGGAGGCGGCAUAUAAGGCAGGACUGGCUACCGGAGACAACCCUGAUCAGCUGAUCAUCGCUUUGGAACCCGAGGCCGCCUCCAUCUACUGCCGUAAGCUCCGCCUCCACCAGAUGGUUGACUUGGGUGCCAAGAUGUCCAUAAAUGGCUAUAGUCCGACUGAGAACGUGGGGGCAGGGAUGACCCAAGCCAAGGAGCAUGUGCGUCGCAACCGGCAGAGUCGCACCUUUCUGGUGGAAAAUGUCAUAGGGGAGCUGUGGUCCGAACUCAGUGAAGGUGAUCGCUAUGUGGUGGUGGAUUGUGGAGGAGGCACAGUGGACCUUACAGUGCAUCAGAUCCGAAUGCCAGAGGGUCACCUGAAGGAGCUCUAUAAGGCCUCAGGAGGACCAUAUGGAUCAAUUGGCAUUGAUUAUGAGUUUGAGAAGUUGCUUUGCAAGAUCUUCGGCCAGGACUUCAUUGACCAGUUUAAGAUCAAGCGCCCGGCUGCGUGGGUGGACCUGAUGAUUGCAUUUGAGUCUCGCAAGAGGGCUGCAGCUCCUGACAGGACCAACCCCCUGAACAUCAAUCUACCCUUCUCCUUCAUCGACUACUAUAAGAAGUUCCGAGGCCACAGUGUGGAACAUGCCCUUCGCAAGAGCAAUGUGGACUUCGUUAAGUGGUCCUCUCAAGGCAUGCUGAGAAUGAGCCCAGAUGCCAUGAACGCUCUGUUCAAGCCCACCAUCGAUCACAUCAUUCAGCACCUUAAUGAGCUGUUUGAUAGGCCUGAGGUAACAGACAUCAAGUUCCUCUUCCUGGUGGGUGGGUUCGCUGAAUCACCACUCCUCCAAAAGGCGGUCCAGGAUAUGCUCCAGGAGCGGAGUCGCGUCAUCAUCCCACAUGACGUGGGCCUGACCAUCCUGAAGGGGGCGGUGCUGUUCGGGCUCGACCCAGGAGUCAUCAGGGUGCGUCGCUCCCCGUUGACGUAUGGCGUGGGCGUUCUCAACCGCUUCGUGGACGGCAAGCACCCUCCCGAGAAGAUGCUGGUGAAGGACGGCACGCGCUGGUGCACCGACGUCUUCGAUACCUUCAUCGCGGCAGACCAGUCGGUGGCACUAGGGGAGACGGUGAAGCGGAGCUACACUCCUGCUAGGCCCUCGCAGCAGGUCAUCGUCAUACACGUGUACUGCUCCGAGAAGGAGGCAGUGAGCUUCAUCUCAGACGCCGGCGUGCGCAAGUGCGGCACGCUACGUCUCGACGUGAGCGGCACGGAGAGUCCGGCGGCACGCCGGGAGAUCCAGACGCUCAUGCAGUUCGGCGACACGGAGAUCCGCGCCAUGGCCAUCGAUGUGGCUACAUCACGCAGUGUCAAGGCUAGCAUCGACUUCCUCAGUCAGUGAGGAAGAGGAGGAGUGAGGCUGAUGGAGGAAGGUCACAGUAACACAUUCUCCAGUGGUCAGCAAACCUUCUCCUAGAGAUCAACUUUCCAUCAGAGCUUAGUAUCAGCCUGAUGAGAAAACACCUGAUCCAGCUCGUCAAAGAGUUAUUAGAUUAGGGUCAGAAAGUAGAUGGGUAAGGAGGAGGUUGGUUUCCACUGGGAUAUUUGAGUCCUUCACAGUAAAAUGACCAGUAGUAAGCCAACACCCUGCAGUAUAUGUUCGAAAUUUGGGGAAAGUUUACCAAAUGUUGAUCGUUAGUAUUAGGUGUUAGUAUUUGAUACUGGUCAUUUUACUGUGAAAUAGCACACAGUGACAUAAACCCUAUCCUGACCAUUGUGCCGGUGCCUUUUUUUUUAAUUAUUUUUUUUUAUUCCUUCUUUUUAACAGUUUACUGCUAUAAAGAAAGCAAUGCUUAUUCUGGCUUGCUUUGUCUAGUCAAGCUUCUGUCUGAGCUGUGUUUCGUGCAUCCUAAGCUCUAGUUCACAUGCAAUUGUGUCCAGCUGGUCUACAACUCAGCCAACAGCUGCAGGCUUGUCCCUUUUUGGCAUUUUUUAAAACCUACCUGAUCGGAACUGUGCACUUUAGUCCCGUUAAAAACAAUUGAGUGUUCACUGCAAUGACUGGGGGGUGUGUAUGUGCUUCAAAACAUUUGCAUGUAAUUUAGUUUGCCAUUCAGACUUCAUGGAAAAGAUCAGACAAGCAAAGCAUCUGAUGAUAAAGCAUCUGAUAAGUAAAAAAAAAUGGAUUGGGGAGUCUAUCUGCCUCUGUAUGAAGCAGAAGGGACAAUCGAUUGAAGCUUUGGAGAAGGUUAAGAGAAGGUUCUUUAUCUGCACUUAUCAGAUGUGUCCUCAGGUUCCUUCAGGUCACUCAUAAAAUGUCCCCCAUGGUCUUCCACACUCUGCCAGGCUGGCAAGUCUGCCCUCCAUCCCAGAAGUCUUAACACUAGAAUCUUUGGGUUAUUUCAGUUUUUAAUUGUUUUAAUUAAACUUUUAUUUUAAAAAGUUAGAAACUUUAUUUCAACUUUGAAGCACAGCCACAGACCAGCUAAGCUCCUGAAUCAAGUAAACAAAAAACAACAACAACCCAAAACAGAACCACCAGAGCCUUACCAACUUUCCAGUCUGGUCUCGUGCUGCUUUGUCUUGCCUUUCUUCUGCACCCAUAUUUCAGUUAAAGAAACAGCCACUAGUACCACUGUGAGCUUAUCUUUUCAACGUGUGUGGUGUCAUUGGCACUAGGAAACAAGGGAUGGGGAAAAAAUGACCAUAGCUUUCUUCAUACUCCUGCUAACGCAGCUGCAUAGAAACGCUAUGGCGACAGAACAGCUUUUUUUAGCAUUUUUUUUCCAAUAUUUUUUCUUUGUUGUUGUUGUUUUGAUUUUUAGAUUUUGUCUCAUCUUCUCCUGCAUAGAACUCGGAGCUCAUGUCGGUAUGAUGUCCGGUGUUGCUCAGAACACCGCAACUUUGCACACAGGCCUCUACAUAAUGCCAUUAAUAAACACACACCAUUUUCACACACACAGAAUAUGGCGCUAUUCAGUGUUUUAUUUUGUCACUAACCCUUUACCUUACCAGAUCAAUACUUGGCCUAUUAUGGGAAACACGAAUCCUUGAAUGUGAACAUAUGUAAGCCUACACCUUCAGGAGAGGCAGUCUGACGAAAGCUGCUAGCCACAUGUAUACAUGUGGGUUUCAAAACCAUCCCAAUUUUGCUUGUUGCCUUUAGCACCUUGCUAAUCAAAAAGACAGUGAUAUUUGCUUUUAUUUUUGCUAUUUUCCAAAUUUUGUUAUAAUCAGCAGAUUAUAGUGGAAGAGAGAAAACGGCUGAAAAUGUUAAUUUGUGUAAAUACAGUAUUUAAAAUGUACAGAUUUUUAGAGUUACUUUUAGUGCUGUUUUAGCAGCUUUCAGAGCUUUGUGAGAGAGAGAGAGAGAGUGAGGGAGUGUGUGUGUGUGUGUGUGUGUGUGUGUGUGUGUGUGUGUGUGUGU